AUGGCAGACCCAGCCGGCUUCAUGACGGGCACCGUCAAGAUCGAGGAUGGCACCAUAAAGAAGGAGGAGCUUGACGCGAAGGUCAAGCAGGAGAAGAAGGAGGAGGAGAAGGACAUCAAGGUCGACGGCGUGAAAGGUGAGGGCGUGAAGAACGAAGGCGUAAAGCAAGAAGGCAACGUGAAGCAAGAGAAGAGGACGGAGGAAGACGUGAAGAACGAGAUGAAGAUGGAAGGGACGAAGCGGGAAGAUUUCUACGUCCUUGCCACGAAGGGAGAGGGAGCGAAGGGCGAGGUCAAAGGAGAAACCAAGGGCGAAAUGAAAGGCGAGGGCGUGAAAGGGGAAGGCGUGAAAGGCGAGUCCAAGCGAGAAAGGUCUCGGUCAAAGAAGAAGAAAAAGAAGGACAAGAUCAAGAAAGAGAAGGGCGAUGGCGAAGGCAAGGAAAAGAAGGACAAGAAGAAGCGAAAGGGCUCGGAGUCUCCCGGAGGUACCAGGAAGCGAAAGAGCAAGUGGGGUCCCGACACGGGUGGAUUUUCCAUGACCGCUAUCCCCGGUGGUAGAUCUGGGCUUCUGCCCGCCGCAGAAGGCGACGAGACCAUGCGCUCCGUCUGCAUGCUGUCUCCUUCUUGCUGCAUUCUUUUCAGGUUGAUUUGUUUUGGUGUGGUCCAGACCCUCACACCUUAG